UUUGGAUUAGAUAUUUAUUAAACUUCAAAUAUGGGGCCUCCACCUGGGCCAGGGCCGAUAUUUUAUCCAAAAUACUUGGACAUGACAGAAGAUGAAUGUGCUCGUUAUUUGAGGCAACUUGAACUCGAAGCAUAUGCUGCCGUCAUCAGUGCUUUAAGAGCACAGGGAGAUCUAACAAAAGAGAAGAAAUCGUUGUUAGCAGAAAUUUGUGCAUGUUUUGGAAUUGGACGUGACAGAUACAAAGCAGAGAUACGAAGGGCUGUUAAUGAGGAAAAACUAUCAACAAUAGCAUUGCAUGUCUCUAAUAGUGAAUCCAAUAUUGAGUGGAUAAAAGAAGGUCGUAGAUUAGUUCCUCUGCCAGAUAGACCACUGCAAAUCACUGCCUACAUGGAGGAAGCGGAUAGAGUUGCUGAAAUAAUUGCAAAAGAAAAUGCUGCUUUGCCACAAUCGAAUGCCAGUACUGUGUGUUUCAGAUCAUUUGAGAAAAAACAAAGCCAGGAAUUUCAGCCGCCUGAGAAGCCUCCAGAAGCCGAGUUACAAGACAGGACAAGGAUAUUGCGUUCAUCAUUAUAUUGUGCCAAAUGUUUGAGUACGCAGAGUGAUACUGCGGAUGUUGGCACUACAACUGAAGAUCUGGUUCGUUCAGAUAUUGUGUCUGCUGAUGUCCAAGAAAUGCAGUCUGAAAUGACUGAUGUUCCAUCUGCCUCUGAUUCAUAUGUGUAUCUGCCUGGCGGAACUACUGUUCGUGUUGCUAUGGCUAAAGAGAAAGAAGAAGUUGAUGCUUACUCAAUGAAGUCAAGCUCAUCUGGGCAGAUUGAUUUUGGAAAUGCUCCUGAAAUAAGCUUGACGGCACCAAGAUCUAAAAGAAAAAGAAAGAAAUCAGUGGGAACAGCUCCGAAUAAAGAUAAUAGUGUUACCAUCAGGCAAAUCAUCAGACCUUUGCCAAUGAAGCAAAAUAUUUCAUCUGAUAAAAUAGUUUUGAAUACAAAAGUGGAAAAUUUAGAUUUCGAUGACAGGUUACCAGAAUUUCCAGAAAUGCGUCUGAAACCUGAGAUUAUUCAUCGUCCUAAACAAUCAUCGAGUCGGAAACAAGUUGUGCAACAAGUUGGAGAAUACGAUAGAAGAUUUGAUGAACCGUACACUAAAAAACGGAAAAGAUCAAAUUUUGUCAAAGUUAGAGUCAGAGAACCGCCUCCUCCCCCACCACCAACAAUACAGCACACACCUGUACCACCUGAACAUCUGUAUGCUGCAGGAUCCAAUACAAAGCUCAAACAUCAACGAAAAGGACAGCAGUUAACAGUAGAAGAAGACAUUGCUUUUGCAUCACGUUCAAGGCCUGAAUAUUCUGUCAGCACUCAGCAGUCUCCCACAAAACACAUUGGGCAAUUUACAAGCAGGAUGAGUCCUUUGUCACCAUCAUAUUAUCCCCCGCCCGGUACAUCCCCAUGGUCAUCCAGUACUGCGAGCAUUGUACCUCGAGAUAUCACUGCCAAUUCAGAGACGAUAACAACAUACUCUCGUGGAUUUCGUUAUUCACCGACAAAGCCAUUUUACAAGCCGCCAAAUGUUAUUCAAAGUGCCUACGGUAGAGCGCCUAAAUCGCAAACGAAGAAAUACAAACAACAAAGUCCAUCUAAUUUCUCUUUCUCGAAGAAAGCAGUUCAAGCUGAAAUUGAACACCAGAGCAUUCUUAAACGAAUUGCUGCAAGAAAAGAUAUUGGACGAGGUCAAUAUAGAGAUCCCAGUUUGCCAUACCAUUCGAUGGAAGACCCGAAUGCCCUAGUUCUCCCAGUUCUGGAAUCAUCAAAGUUUGACAAUCCGCAUCGUACAAUCCCACCUUCUCAUACAUCAAGCCUUGAAGAACUGGCAUCAGUCUCAUUGAUGGCUUCAGAAUUGAGCACUUCCAUAGUUGAAACAGGUCUUGCACCUGUCAGUGCUAUUGUAUCGAGGGUUAGUUCACCGGCACCGGGGCAAUUAUCUGCAACUGAAGCUUCCGCUAUGAAAAAGUCUUCUAAACCUAUGGUUGUGUCAAGAAUACAGAGUGAGGAAGGUGGGAGCAAUCAACCUUUGAAGAUAGUACAUCCUACUCCGGGACAAUUACAUGGAGUGUCUUCAUCUGUUGGUCGCCCGGGAUCUACUUUUGUCAAUGUUUUACGAGAAUCUGCAACAACACUGACUUCUAGUGGAAUUAGGCUUAAAAGUACAGGUUCUAUUGUCUCAAUAAGUGGACAACAUCCAGCUACGCACCAAGUCCGUCUUGCUCUUUCAGCAAAUGAUAACAUAGUAUCGAGCAUUCCAGUGAGUUUCACGUCAGCAGUUCUUCCUGCAGUUUCAUCGCCGGUGAUACAGUCACCUCGAGUUAUUUCCAGUGUCACAGGAAAACCUCACACUGUUCUAAAAUCAUCAUCUGGGAAUGUGAUAACUGUAACAGCGAAACCGUUACCUGGGAUGAAAUCUUCUUCCUCCUCUCUUGUAAGUGGAGCAAGUAUUGUCAAACCUCAGUUAGUACAGAAGACCAGUAUCAUUGUUGUACAUAAAGCACCUGGGUCAAAGAUCGGGAAAACCACUCCAGCAGGGUUUCCUCUUGGUGGUGAAGGGUCAAAAGUGAUUACAGUCAGCACCAAAAACUUGUCAUCAUCGAGUGUUGAUCUUCCGAGAUUACCUGUGGAAACCGAAGAUGACAAUUCAUCAUCCACUUCUGCUCUUGGCAGUAUUCAAGGUCUUGUCUCCGGUCUCAGUCCUGCUGGUAUUGUUAAGAAAACAAAAGUCAUUGGCACGAAACCAAAGUUUGUAACAAUGCCACUACAUAAGAAGACAGUCGUCAGUAAAAUUGCAGAUCCUUUGAAAACUAAAGUUAUUCAGAAUGUGAUUCGAGCUCCUGGCAAGGUUUUAGUACGAACCACAUCUGGCUCUACCUUAUCCUCUGGUCAAUUACGAACAUUUACUGGAAGCAGGAUAGUAAAACCAAUAAUUACACAACAACAGCAACCAAGUGUAGCACAAGUUACUCCUGGACAAGGCCAAGCAAUUACUUCAGGUCAAGACAUUGUUGCUGCAGCAUUAAGUCAGUCUUUGGGAACAUCCACGAUUCUGCCUACUGCUAGUGUGGAACCAGGUGCACCAACGCAGACAAAUUUUGAAGCAAGUCCUUCAUCCAGCAUUAUAAAGGUGUCGACUUCUACUCCCGCUGCUUCCACUAUUAAAGCUUUUGCAGCAAAUUAUCAGAAAACUUCAACUAGUCAACAAAAACAAAUGGUAUUGAAACCACUACCUUCCGUCACUGCUGUUUCUCAGAGUUUGCAAGAUAAAACCAAAGUAUAUCUUGCUACUUCUCCUGUUCAACCAAAAGGAAAACUUUUCACCCCAAAUCAGCCCCAAGUACACAGGUCCCCACAAGGUUCUUCCAUCCCAGUGACUCCGCGGCCAAAAUCAGGGUUUAUUCAACCUGUUAAAACAACCAAUGCACCAUACAUGACCCCCAUUCCAAGUGUUCCUAAACCGUCAGCAAAAAUUGAGCAACCUAAAAUGAUAUACCAUCAAACUUCGCAACAAUCGGUGAUGCAGGUGAAAGUGAUUGGUCAACAACCCAGUACAGCUAGGUCCCAUUGGCAGUCAGUAACAACUUCAAGCAGUGCCAAACAACCAUUGACCAAGGAAAUGGAAGAAUCAACUUCACAAACGAAAAUGUUGCGGGAUAUAUUUGAAUCUACUGCACCAGUACAACAACCUCAACCCUCUACCAGUGACAGGGCCACAUACAUUUAUCAAUAUCAUGCAAACCCUGUCCCACCUGACUCGGUUCCAGCAUCUCAAACAGGUGUAGUUCCGAUUUCACUCCAAAGUGCUGAUCCCAGGGACUUGAUUACUUUGCAUUCCGUUGCCGAUGUCGCACAAACAGUUGCAACAGUGACCAACCAACCUGUCACUGUCGGACAAUCUUCGGUCUCAGUGUGUCUACCAGGUAGUAUUACUGCGCAUGCAAUGCCCCAGUCAACAUUUCUUAAAAAAAAGUGGCAACAUCUGUUACUCCAGUGGCUAAAGAGUCACUAGAAAAAAUGGAAGAUCACGAGCUUGAGGGCAAAAGCAAAAUGUCAGGUGAUACUGAUGAAAAAUCAACAGGUUCUGCAGUUUCUCGGGAUGGAAACGCUCGAGUUCUUGACACUUAAAAUAGCAAGCGCAAAAACUAUUGUUGAUAUCUUACCAAUUGUUCAUAUUUUGCUAUUUUUAACACUUGACUGGAAAGUUUUUUCAAUUAAAACACAAUCAGGAUAAUGAGAACUUGAACUGGUUGAUUCAAAAGUGCCAGUGUCUUUCAUUACUUAUACACUGCCUAUUUUUCAAUAUAUUGUUCUUUUUUUUUACAA